GGCGGCCUGAAUGGAUCCCCCGUGGGUCUGGAGGCCGAAUCCCUGGAGGGCGGCAUCCCUGGGCCCGGGUAACGGCAGAGGCAUCUUCUGGGGCAGACCUGGGUCGGCCAGGGGGCCCAGCCGCUUCUUUGCGCCUAGGAGCAACGGCGGCUCGGUGGGGCGUGGACACGGUGGAGCCCUCCAGCCAGCUUUGCUCUAUCCCUUUAGGUGCGAGCCACGCUGCUCCCUACCUCCUGCUGAGUACCAGGGGUGGGUCCCCCACCUUCCGCUCCCCGCCCUUUCUGGGCCUCAGUUUCCCGGUCUACAGAGAGCCCCCAGCGUGUAGGACCGAGCUCGGGGCGUGGCUCCCACAGUGAUGGAGGGGCGUCACGCCCACUUUGGCCACCAGCUGGGAGGUCUUGAGAGCUAGUGGGCAUGGGGCCGGCACCCCACCUCCCCUGCCCUCACCUCCACCUUCUCACCGGGAAAACCGAGUGAGGGCCACUGGGCCGGAUUAAUAUUGGCACAUAGGCCGGGCCGCCCUCUCGCGCAACGGAUUCCACGGCUGCAAUCCGAGACAGGUUCUCCUGUCUGCUUUCCAAGUCACGGGCUCUGCCAGGACGGACAAAUGAGAGCACUCCAGGGACUGCUGAGGAUAGGAAGGGAUGGAGGAUGAACAGGAACCGCAGUUACAGCCUCGGACCCAGUCACAGGAGGAGACAACCUCAAUCUCACGGAAAUCUGCUAUCUCAGUGGAACUCUGCCCUCCACACAGCCCGCAUGGAGUGUCCACGUGACUCCAGUGAGACAGGACUUCUGGAUUCUGACCUACCUUCCCCAUAUGGCUUCAGGCUUGGAAGGAAGUUUCAGGGCUGGGUCCUACUCUUAACCAUCUGUGCAGCUGGCAUUGGUGGGACUUUCCAGUUUGGCUACAACCUCUCCAUCAUCAAUGCCCCGACCUUGUACAUUCAGGAAUUCACCAAUGAGACGUGGCAGAUGCGCACCGGCCGGCCACUGCCUGACCACCUGGUCCUGCUGGUGUGGUCCCUCAUCGUGUCUCUGUACCCGCUGGGGGGCCUCCUUGGAGCAUUGCUUGCUGGGCCCCUGGCCAUCACACUUGGAAGGAAGAAGUCCCUGCUGGUGAAUAACAUCUUUGUGGUGGCCGCAGCGACCCUGUUUGGCUUCAGCCGCAGGGCCGGGUCCUUUGAGAUGGUCAUGCUGGGAAGGCUGCUGGUGGGAGUCAGCGCAGGUGUAAGCAUGAACGUCCAGCCCAUGUACCUGGGGGAGAGUGCUCCCAAGGAGCUCCGAGGAGCUGUGGCCAUGACCUCAGCCAUCUUCACCGCCCUGGGAAUCGUGAUGGGUCAGGUGGUCGGACUCAGGGAGCUCCUGGGUGGCCCGCAGGCCUGGCCCCUGCUGCUGGCCAGCUGCCUGGUGCCUGGGGCCCUCCAGCUGGCCUCCCUUCCCCUGGUCCCCGAGAGCCCGCGCUACCUCCUCAUUGACCGUGGAGACUCUGAGGCUUGCCUGGCAGGAGCAUCAUUCUUCCAGCCUCCUCCCCAUUCUCUGCCUGGUCUGGGAACCAACACUGUGUAUCACAGGCCCGAGUUAAGGUGGCACCUACUCUGGGUACCAGUUUUCUCUUGCUGCCUAACAAUCACAUCUCAGGGGCAGAGCAGGGAAGCGGGCCGAGGGUGGGGGAGCCCGCGCGCAGCCGCCCCUCGCCCGCGCCCGCAGGUGUACUCCUACGCGUCGGCGAUGUUCGUCCAGGCGCGAAUCCCCCCGGAGAAGGUCCAGUACGCGGUCAUCGGGACCGGGGGCUGCGAGCUGCUGGCGACGCUGGUCAGCUGUGUGGUCAUCGAGAGGGUGGGCCGGCGGGUGCUGCUGAUGGGGGGCUACUGCCUGAUGACCUGCUGGGGGAGCGUCUUCACGGCAGCCCUGUGCCUGCAGAGCUCCUUCCCCUGGAUGCCCUACCUGGCCAUGUCCUGCAUCUUCGCCUUCAUCCUCAGCUUUGGCAUCGGCCCCGCCGGAGUGACCGGGAUCCUGGCCACCGAGCUCUUUGACCAGAUGGCCAGGCCUGCUGCCUACAUGGUUUGUGGAGUGCUCAUGUGGACCAUGCUCUUCCUGGUCGGGCUGGGAUUCCCCUUCAUCAUGGAGGGCCUGUCCCACUUCCUCUACGUGCCUUUCCUCUGCGUCUGUGUCUGUGCGGCCGUCUAUACUUUCUUCUUCCUCCCGGAGACCAAAGGCAAGACCUUCCUGGAGAUCUCUGAGGAAUUGUACAGACUCAACUUCCCCGGGUGGAGCCAGAGCCCCAUGUGGAGGGGCCCGGAGGUCGUCCAGUCCACAGAGCUCUAGCCCGAGGGUGUGGCUGGGCCCAGCCAGCUGCUCCUCUCUCUGGCCUCCACUUACCAGCUCCGGCAUCCCCUUGUUUCUUGAGUGCUCACUGAGCACCUGCUCUGUGCAGGCGGGGUGCUGAGCCCUCAGGGGUGAGCUAGAGAGAUGGGGUCUGGGACUUCUUGUCUAGAGGCCAUUGACAGGAAACCAAUAAACAACAUCAUGGCAAACUUGGAGAUAUGCAGUAGAAGAAAAUACAGGUUGCAAAGAGUGUAUAGACCAGGGGUUGUUGGAGAGGGGUGUGGUCAGGGAAAGAUUUUCCAAGGAAUUGAGUUUUUAAAAGUCAACUUGAUGGAGGUGUAAUUUACAUAUAAUAAAAUAUAUCCAGAGUAA